AUGCAUGCCAACGCUGCCUGCCUACCCCCACCACUGCCGGCACCGCCUGCCUACCGCUGCCACCUGCCAAUCGCUACAGCUGCCGCCUGCCUAAUGCUGCUGUCUGCCGCCUGCCUGCCCCCACCGCCUGCCUGCUGCCGCUUCCUGCUGCCGCCGCCUGCUAUGUCCUUGCUCCACCCGCGGCCCUUGCCUGCCGUGGCCUGGCUGCCAGCCGCUGCUUACUGCAGCCUGCACCUGCUACCUCCUACCUGCCGCCACCUGCCGCCACCGCCUGCCUACCGCUGCCGCCUGCAGCCUGCUGCCCCCACUGCCUGCACCGGCUGUGGCCUGCCUCCUCCUGCCACCUUCCCCCGCCGCCUGCCUCCGCCGUCUGCCGCCGCUUCCUGCCAGCAACCGCCUGACACCGCUGCCGCCGCUUCCUGUUGCCGCUUGCCUGCCGCUUGCCCGGGCUUGCCUGCCUGCCUGCCGCCCCAGCUGCCUGCGUCCCACCACUUCCUGCCGCCGCCGCCUGCUACCUCCUUGCACCGCCCGCCUCCCUUGCCUGCGGGGGCCUGCCUGCCAGCCACUGUUUACCACAGCCUGCCCACGCUGCCGCCUGCUGCCACUGCCGCCUGCCCCGCCGCCCGCCUUCGCUUCCUGCCGCCACUUCCUGACACCCUCAAGAUGCUUCUCUUUGGGAUUGUGAUGGACCCCUUUGCGGAGCUCACCAUCACAUUAACCCUCGCAGUCUUCAUGGCCAUGGAGCAGCACGGCAUGAGCGCUGCCCUCAGAGCCAUGGUCCACAUAGGCAACAUUUGGGUCCUGAUCUCCCUGCAGAUGGCUAAGCUUACUCCCGGUCAAAAGCUGAUCAUUCUCACUUACUUGUCAAGACUGGAGAUGAAAGGUGAUGAGAAGAACAGCCAGGACAUGACAGUCUCUGUUUCUCUGCAGCUGUGGGUCUUCAAGCUAGCCAAGUCCUGGCCAACCUUAAACACGCUCAUCAAGAUCAUCGGGAACUCGGUGGGAGCGCUGGGGAACCUCACCAUCAUCCUGGCCAUCAUUGUCUUUGUCUUCGCUCUGGUGGGCAAGCAGAUACUUGGGGAUAAUUACUGGGACAACCGGCAUAAUAUCUCCGCGCCCAAUGAAGAAUGGCCACGCUGGCACAUGCACGACUUCUUCCACUCCUUCCUCAUCAUCUUCCGGAUCCUGUGUGGAGAGUGGAUCGAGAACAUGUGGGCCUGCAUGGAAGUUGGCCAGAAAUCCAUAUGCCUCAUCCUUUUCUUGACAGUGAUGCUGCUGGGGGACCUGGUGGUGCUCAACCUGUUCCUCACCUUGCUGCUGAACUCCUUCAGUGCCGACAACCUUGUAGCUCCAAAUGAAGACAGGGAGGUGAACAACCUGCAGGUCGCCCUGGCAUGGAUCCAGAUUGGCCAUCAUACCAGAAAGGCCAUUUGCAGCUUCUUCACCAGGCCUUGCCUGCUGCCCUGGCCCAAGACAGAGCCCCAGCUGAUGGUGAAACUCCCCCUCUCCAGCUCCAAAGCUGAGAACCACAUUGCUGCUGAUACAGCUGUGGGGAGCCCCAGAGGGCUUCCAGUGUCCAGAGGCCCCAGGGAUGACCACAAUGACGUCAUCACCAAUGCUAACAUAUGGGUCUCUCUGUCCAUUGCCGAAGGCAAAUCUGACCCCAAUGAACUGGAGGAGGAUGGUGAGGAGGAUGCUCGGAGCUCCCAGCAGGAAGUGAUCCCUCAAGGGCCGGUGAGAGUCCUCACAUGGGACAGGCUCAGGGCUGGACACCUGGCAGCCAGGAGCCCAGGCUCUGGAAUGUCCUCUGAGGACCUGGCUUCCCACGUGGGUGAGAAGUGGAAAGAUGAGGCUGCUGCCCAGGCCCCUAGCAAGUACCAGGGCUUUGUCUUUGACAUUGUGAUCAGGCAAGCUUUUGACAUUAUCAUCAUGGUCGUCAUCUGCCUCAACAUGAUCACCAUGAUGGUGGAGACUGAUGAGCAGUGUGAAGACAAAAUCCUUAACAAAAUCAGUCAGUUCUUUGUGGCUGUCUUCACGGGUGAGUAUGUCAUGAAGUUGUUCGCCUUGCGGCAUCACUACUUCACCAACGGCCGGAAUGUGUUUGACUUCAUUGUCGUGGUCCUCUCCAUUUGGAUUCUUACAUCACUUGAAAAUUACUUCUCCCCAACACUCUUCUGAGUCACCCACCAGGCCUGAAUUGGUUGCAUCCUCAGGCUGAUACAAGCAGCCAAGGGAAUCCACACACUGCUCUUUGCCCUCACGAUGCCCCUGCCUGUCCUCUUCAACAUAGGGCUGCUAUUCUUCCUUGUCAUGUUCAUCUACUCCAUCUUCGGCAUUGCCAGCUUCCCCCAUGUAAGCGGGGAGGCUGGCAUCGAUGACAUGUUCAACUUCCAGACCUUCGCCAACAGCAUGCUGUGCCUCUUCCAGAUCACCACACAAGCUGGCUGGGAUGGUCUCCUCAGCCUUAUCUUCAACACAGGACCCCCUUUCUGUGACCCCAAUCUGCCCAACAGCAAUGGCUCCUGGGGGAACUGUGGGAACCCAGCGAUGGGCAUCCUCUUCUUCGCCAUGUACAUCAUCAUCUCCUUCCUCAUCGUGGUCAACAUGUACACUGCUGUGAUUCUGGAGAACUUCAAUGUGGCCACGCAAGAGAGCAGUGAACCUUUGAGUGAGGAUGACUUUGACAUGUUCUAUGAGACCCGGGAGAAGUUCGACCCAGAGGCCCCUCAGUUUAUUACCUUUUGCCUCUCAGCCUUUGCAGACACCCUUUCAGGCCCCCUGCGAAUCCCAAAACCCAAUCGGAAUCUAUUAAUCCAGAUAGACCUACCCUUGGUCCCUGGAGAUAAGAUUCACUGUUUGGACAUUCUUUUUGCCUUCACUAAGAAUGUUCUGGGAGAAUCUGGGGAGUUGGAUUCUCUGAAGGCAAAUAUUGAAGAGACGUUUAUGGCAAAUAAUGUUUCAAAAACAUCUUAUGAACCAACAGCAACCAUCCUCUGGUGGAAGCAGGAAGACAUUUCAGCUACUGUCAUUCAAAAGGCCUAUCGGAGCUAUGUGUUACACCACUCCAUGACAAUCUCCAACCCCCCAGGUGUGCCCAGGGCUGAGGAGGAGGCUGUGUCACCCCCAGGUGCAGCCUUUGUUGUAUUCAUGGCAAAUGAAAAUUGCACACUCCCAGACAAAUCUGAAACUGCAUCUACCACAUCUUUCCCACCAUCCUACGACAGUGUCACUAGAGGCCUUAGUGAUCGAGUCAACAUGAGCACAUCCAGCUCAAUGCAGAAUGAAGAUGAAGCUACCAGUAAGAAAGCAACUGUCCCUGGGCCCUAG